AUGGGAGAGGACGCAGCUGAACCCCCAACAGUUGAGAAACUGAUCGAGGUCCAGAUUGGAGAUGGGAAGCACAAAAAAACGUUCGUAGGGGCAGAUCUUCCUGCACAUGAACGUGAUGGUUUGAUUACAUUGCUAAGGGCAAACGUCGACGUUUUCGCAUGGAGUUUUGCUGAGAUGCCUGGGACAGAUCCGAAUGUAGCCUGCCACAGGCUAAAUAUCGAUGAGAAGUUCCAUCCAGUUCGUCAGAAAAUUAGGAAUAUGGCGCAAAGAAAAAAAGAUGGAGUUACUGCAGAAGUCGAAAAGCUGUUGGAAGCAGGCUUUAUUCGACAGUGCAGUAUCCCCGCUGUUUGUCUAAUGCCGUACCCGUUCCAAAGAAGAAUGGAAGAUCAAGAGCAUACUGCGUUUGUGACCGAUAGAGGAGUUUACUGCUAUACUGUAAUGCCAAUUGGGCUAAAGAACGCAGGGGAGACCUACCAGCAUUUGGUAGACCAUAUGUUCAAGGAUCUGAUUGGGAAGACAAUGGAAGUAUAUAUCAACGAUAUGGUAGUGAAAUCUGAGCAAAAGGAGUCGCAUUUUCUUGAUCUGCAGAAGACGUUUAAUAUCUUGAGACAAUAUCGUAUGAAGCUCAAUCCAGCAAAAUGUUCAUAUGGGCUAUCCUCGGGAAAGUUCCUUGGAUACUUGAUGACGCAUAGAGGAAUCAAGGCGAAUCCAGAGCAAAUCAGAGCCAUCAGAGAGAUGUCAUCCCCAAGAACGAAGAAGGAGGUCCAGAAGCUAGCGGGACGAUUAGUAGCUUUAAAUUGUUUCAUCUCACGCUCGUCGGAUCGAUUCAAACCAUUCUUUGAUGUUUUAAAGAAAGCAGUGAAUUUUGGUUGGACGGAUGAGUGUGGAAAAGAUUUCGAUGAGAUCAAACAAUAUUUGUCAACUCCCCCAGUUUUGCCUGUUUACUUCGUCAGUAAAUCUUUGACGGGGGCGGAAACACGGUACAAGAAAAUUGAGAAGAUAGCACUUGCACUGUUGCAUGCAUCUCGUCGCCUCAAACCUUAUUUCCAAGGGAGGAAGAUCAUAGUCUACUCAGAAUACCCGCUGAAGAGAAUCCUGGAACGUGUUGAUGAUUCCACCCGACUAGCCAUAUGGUCAAAUUUUCUGGGGGCGUAUGAAAUCAAGUACGAAAACAUAAAUGCAGAGAAGGGACACGCCCUGGCUGCACUUCUAGCAUAUUUUGAUGUGGAUGACAUAGAAACGGUUGGCGGAGGAGAAGAGGAGUUGUUCAAAGUCAUAGAGUCAGCCACUGAUCAGACUGGGGGUUCGAGGAUCGAGAAAGCGACCAGAUUGGGUUUUCAAGCAUCAAACAAUGAAGCUGGAUAUGAGGCAGCAAUUAUCGGUUUAAAGGCUGUCAAACAGUUAGAUGCGAAGAACGUGAAGCUGUUCUUUAUUGGGCAACGACCACAGCUGGAAAAUAGGCACGCAGAUGCUUUAGCAUACCUAUACUCCGCAGUCGAUACUGAUACCACCCGUUUCGUUGUGGUGGAUUUUCAAGAGUUACCUAGCAUCUCCGACAGCCAAUUGUUCUGGCUCUCGAACACGCUAGUGGGGGGAGGGGGAGGGGGGAGGGAAACUAUAUCAGCACAGGGAGAUACCGAGAACAUUGACAACAAUAUGGAUGUUGACAGUCCAGUGAUAGAUGAUUCAAGCAAUCCCGCUGAAAACACUUCAGACUUGCGUCAACCUUAUGUUCGAUUUGGAAUCCUUAACGAGAUAGUAUCAGACAAUGGGAAGCAGUUCGAUUCUGGGGUGAUCAAAGACUUUUGCAAGAACCUGAAUAUCCGCCACAAUUUCUCAUCUCCUUACUAUGCUCAGAGCAACAGGCAGGCUAAAGCGACCAAUCGCGUUAUUAUGGACAAUCUCAAGAAAAGGCUGGAGAAGGCAAAAGGAAAAUGGAUAAAAGAGUUCCCAGGAGUCUUAUGGUCGUAUCGAACAACCCCAAAAAGAUCCACCGGAUUUUCCCCAUUCACACUGGCUUAUGGGGCAGAGGUAGUCAUACCCACUGAGGUACAUCUCAAGAUUACCAAAACUCGUGCUGUCAAAUCCGGGAAAAACGACAGCAUAUUGGCUUAG